AUGCCGGCGCCCACAGCAUUAAUCGGGCAGCCUGAGAAGCGGGCUGAGCCCGUAAAUGUGCCUUUACCGGGCAACAGCCAGGAAGACGAUUUUCUGCUUGAUGCCCCGAGCAAUAUUCUGCCAGACGCAAAUGCUAUUCCGAGCGCCACCCAAGAUGUAGAUACUGAAAUGCACAUCGAUGAGGAAGGACGGCCAAGAUUUGCACCAGCAAAGCAUACUGAUGCCCCAACGAGAGUGGAAACUCGAAAAGUUCCUAUCCCUCCCCACCGCAUGACCCCCCUGAAAGCCUCGUGGCCCAAAAUCUACCCUCCUCUCGUCGAACACCUACAGCUACAAGUCCGUAUGAAGAACAGAACCGUAGAAUUAAGGACCUCGAAAUAUACCACCGAUACAGGAGCAUUGCAGAAGGGUGAGGAUUUUGUCAAGGCCUUUUCUCUAGGGUUUGAUGUCGACGAUGCUAUAGCAUUACUACGGUUAGAUGACCUUUACAUUGAGACUUUCGAGAUAAAGGACGUCAAGACGCUUCAGGGUGAGCACCUUGGUCGUGCGAUCGGCCGAAUAGCCGGCAAAGAUGGGAAGACAAAGUUCGCUAUUGAGAAUGCCAGCAGGACAAGAGUGGUGCUAGCUGAUUCCAAGAUUCACAUCCUGGGUGGUUUCAAGAACAUCCAUAUUGCCAGAGAGGCUAUUGUGAGUUUGAUUCUUGGCAGUCCUCCAGGGAAAGUCUAUGGCAACUUGCGAACGGUAGCAUCGAGAAUGAAAGAACGGUUCUGA